UUUGACAAACUGCACGUGUCAUUCAUUCUAUAAUAAACGAAAUCAAUUCUUGACGUAUUAUAACUUGACAGCUUUUUAUCCAUCUCUCUAUAUUUUUAAGUUCUCCAACUUACUACUUACAAGAAGACAAAAUUUAUUACAUAUCAUACUACUAGAAUAUCUAAUAUCAACAUCUAACUAAGGUCUUAGCAAUGUCUAGUGGCUUCGCAAGCAACGUGCAAGCCAGAGCCCAAGAGGUGGCGAAAGAAGAUUAUGAGAAAGCAAAAGUCCUCCUGUCAGAGGCUGCAAGAAGCGGAUCUUACCUGUACCCAUUUCGGGGUAUUAUCUACUUCAUUACACAUAGAUCAUUAUGGAAACCAUUUUACUCGCGCAUAUUGCCUACUCUAGGGCUUACUGCAGGAGUUACAGCGGCCAUGUUUUUCUUCACUUAUCUACCACAGCUAGCAAUCCUCGUCUUCGUAAACGGGCCCUUGGCCGUCUUUACCACCGUGCUUCUUAUACUUAACGAGAGCUCUACUAUUGUUAACCUUAUUUCCCGCAAUUUUCUCUUACAAGAUGCACUUCUCGACACUUUUGACGGUACACUCGUUGCGAAGGGCGCAAUCGGUAUUGUUAGCGAGGGGCGACAAUUGAAACCUGGCCAAGACCCGAUUGGAAGGCUGGGCAAGAUUCUUAAAAACCCAUUCUCCAAGUUUACCCCAAAGGCCUUGAUCAGAUACGUUAUGUAUCUUCCACUUAACUUCAUUCCCGUCGUCGGCACCGUCAUAUUUAUCAUUAUCCAAGGUAGGACAAGAGGCAGUUCCAUCCAUGACCGAUAUUUCCAACUGAAAGGGUGGACGCCAUCUCAACAACGGGAUUGGCUUGAACGCCACUCCGCUGCAUACGCAACCUUCGGAAUAAUUGCGACUCUCCUCGAAAUGAUACCUAUAGUGUCGAUGUUCUUUACAUUUACCAACACUGUGGGUGCUGCGCUCUGGGCAGCCGAUAUUGAGCAGAACAACACAGAGAUGACACAGGGCACUGCCCCUAACCUGCGGGAAUCUGCGAAGAAGGCCGAGUAGGGUUGCACGAAAGACGCACCAGACCGACGCCUCCGAGAUUAAGUGCAUCGAAGAUCCGGCACAGCAAUGCAUAACCGACCUGCAUCUUGGUAAGACUUUGACUAAGUCUUGAGGCAGGUAACUUGUGCUAUUCGUUACCAUUCAGGUUGCAAAACAACAGGCGAGGAGUAGUAAGAUCGUGAAGCUUUAGGGAUUUCAGUUAAACGAACUACUUAGAAGAUUCAAUGGGCACUAGGCACUCGGAACUACAUAUGCAGUGUAUCUGUGGCUCAGGUCCAUGUAUCACAGAUAAAUCGGUAUUAUAAUUCGGAACUAGUCACCAUACUUCGCUGAA